CAGACAUAAAGUUAAGACGGGAACAAGAUCCAACAAUUAUGCUGAUUCGUAAUAAUUUCCUUUAUUUAUUUGCUGGAAUGACAGUGGUUGGGCUCCUUUUUCUGGGCUACUCCUCCAAUUGGCUGAGACCUCAACAAAAAGACAGCAUCAACAUAGAGUGGAGGCAUGAAGACUUGAACUCAACGCCUAGGCCAGUGGAAAAGCAUGGAGACUUGACAUUGCACUCCUCACCUGGGCUGCACUACAAACAGCCCAGUGCCUUGGAUGCUCGAAGAGAUAUUGCUACUGUAUCAUCAUGGUUGGCACCAAUUGUUUGGGAGGGAACCUUUGAUCCUACACUCAUCGACGACAUCUACAAACCAAAGAACCUCACCAUAGCAACUACUGUUUUUGUAGUGGGAAAAUACAUGAUAUUUUUGAAAGACUUUCUGGAGUCAGCAGAAGCACAUUAUUUUGUUGGAUAUCGAGUGCAUUAUUACAUAUUUACAGAUCAACCAGAAGCCAUCCCUUAUGUAAAGCUUGGUGGAGAACGAAAGCUGAUAGUGCGGAAGGUACCGAGUUCGAAUAGGUGGCAGGACAUCAGUAUGGGCAGGAUGGCAGCAUUGGAAAAACUAACUGAGAGUGAACUGGACAAUGAGGCUGACUACAUUUUCUGCUUCGAUGUGGAUGCAAAGUUCCAUGCCCGCUGGAGUGUGGAGACUUUAAGUAAUCUGGUAGCAGUGAUUCACCCUUGGUAUUAUAAUUAUCCAAGGGAAAAAUUCACAAAUGAACGUAGACCAGAGUCAGAAGCGUUUAUCCCGCAUGAUGAAGGUGAUUUUUAUUACGCUGGUGGCGCAUUUGGUGGCAGAGUGCAGGAGGUGCAUAAUCUCACCAAAACAUGCACUGAGAAGCAGAGUAUUGAUCGUGCUAAAUCCAUCGAGGCACUAUGGCACGAUGAGUCUCACUUGAACAGGUAUUUUCUUUACAACAAACCUAGCAAGCUGCUCUCUCCCGAGUAUCUAUGGCGAGAUAUAAAUGCUGGAUCAAAUGAAGUAAAAGUCAUUCGUUUCACUAGUGUAGCUAAAAAUAUGGCAGAGGUUCGCCCAAAUGUAUAGCAACGUUACAAAUGGCAAUAUUCACCUGCAUUAACUUGUUGUGAUCAUGCAGGCCUCAGAUGUGCCAAAAGGUAAUACUCAGGGAAAAUAAAAAUUAUUUGCUAGUCAAGCGGACAGUAACAGGACAUGAAAACUGGCCAGAUAUAAACCAGGAAGUUGCGAAAGAAAAUUUACGGAAAGCAUAACUAAUAUUUAUUUUUUCUGGCAUCAUCAAUAUUUAAAAUUGGAUGUCUGAUAUGUUUUAUAUGUAAAACCCAAAAAUAAAAAAGGCAAUAAAUAUAAGAUGAAAAACACAUAAUGAGAUUAAAUAUAAGGAAGUAUACUGAGCUAAUACCCAGAUAGCACAAGUACAUCUGUAAGAUUUCUGCUAAAGAUCUGGAGAUCUGGAAAAAAUUAGCUGUGGAAAAACUAAACAUCUUAGAAAAAGCUGUUGUUCAUCCAUUCUAAAUCAUACAGAUCUUACAGACAUCUUCUAGAGGUCUAUAUGACAUCAGACUGCAGACACCUCAGAGAUGUAGGUCCAAUGAACAAACAGCAUUUUGCGGUCUUGCAGAUGAAAAUUCGGAUGUACGUGUACUAUCAGGGUAGAUGCAUUUGGGGAGGAAAAUCAGUCAGGUAUCAAUUUGUCAUCUGUAAAAUAUUUUCCUCAUACUGUAAUUUAAGAAACUGAGUUAAAAUUGAUGGUUGAAAGUUGGUGGAAUCUUUUGGUUCAUUUCUGUGUGAUUGGUUUUGGGUUGUUUGGCUCGACGGGCUUCUGGUUGUCUAGGAAAGAUGCAAGGUCUGUACAUCAGGAAAAGCAAUAGCUGGUCUAUGGUAAAAUACGUACAGACCAGAACAUUUUUCAGGGUCUUCUGUGUAAAUAUGGUCUUUUCAAUACUAGAUGCAUGUAAACAUAAAAACAUUUUGAGGAACUACAAAGCUGGAGAUACCAAAAAAAUAUUUGCAUUAUUAAAUUAUUGAUUUUG